UAAUCACUUUUUAAUUGGAAUUUUUACAAAUUUAAUGCAAAAAUGUCACGUUUAGCAACUCUCUUCCGGAGCAACAGCGACGCUGACGUUAUCCAAGACUCACGUUUCGAAGCUCGAUCGAAUAAUAUUCCAAAAGGUGAUCUCGAUUGUGGGAUUGUAUCACUGGGAUGGUGCAAUUCACUCGCAUGCCAACGUCUGGGCAAUUCUAAUACCUUUUUGGCAGUUUUUUGUGUUGCUGGACUCUUGCAGGGCGCCGUAACGAGCUAUUUUCGGAUAUCGGCAAAACAGAUGGCACUUCAAUACGACUUCGAUCCGAAUUUGAUAGAUUGGUUGCUGGUUGUCAGUGGAUUGACUCAAGGAAUGUUUGCGAUAUUGGUUGCGUAUUGGGGACAUCGGAUUCACCGAAUUUCCUGGCUCGGAGGCAUUCUGAUGUUACAAGCGUGCCUAAUUGUCAUGCGAAUUAUACCGACACUCGUUAAGAAAGACACAGGCCCCAUUGAAACAACCAAGGUCACCGAUUUGUGUUUCGAAUAUGUCGCAGGAAGACUCGGCAGUGCGCGUUCGCAUGCCAUAACGACGCAAAUAAUGCUUUUUAUCGUGCAAUUCGGCAUCGGAAUGGGAAAUGUGGCGUUUUAUUGUCUCGGUAUCUCGUAUUUGGACGAUAAUUUGAAGGAGCAUGAGAGUCCAGCUUAUAUCGCGGGAGCUUUGGCUGCUUAUUUAUAGGGAUUACAAUUCGGAUCAGCAGUUGCCUUUCUCGUUGAAGGUUUAAA